AUGGAGUGUGGACGAAGGUUUCGUAAUAGGUCAACCCUCACAAAACACCAGAGGAUUCACUCAGGGGAGAAGCCCUACGUUUGUCAGGAGUGUGGGCACGCCUUCCGUGAGAGGUCAUCCUUCAUCAGACACCAGAGGACACACUCAGGGGAGAAGCCAUACAAGUGCCCGGAGUGUGGACGAAGAUUAGGUGAUCAGUCAGCCCUCAGAAAACACAAGAAGACUCACACAGGGGAGAGGCCCUUUGUGUGUCAGGAGUGUGGGCGCAGGUUCCGUGAGAAGUCGUGCUUCAUCAGACACCAGAGGACACACUCAGGGGAGAAGCCCUACAAGUGCCCAGAGUGUGGACGAGGAUUUGCUGAUCAGUCUACCCUCAGAAAACACCAGAGGGUUCACUCGGGGGAGAGGCCUCACAUGUGUGGUGAGUGUGGCCGAGGCUUUACCCAGAAGUCAUUCCUCCUUAUUCACCAGGGGACACACACCGGGCAGAAGUAUGCUUGUGGGGAGUGUGGGCGAAGUUUUAGCUACAAGUCAAAUCUCACCAGACACCAGAAGAAACACUCAGGUGUGAAGCCUUAUAUAUGCAGUGGGUGUGGGCAAGACUUUUUCUAUAAAUCAAGCCUCAUCUUACAUGAAAGGACACACUCAGGGGAGAAGCCUUAUGUGUGUGGUGAGUGUGGACGAGGCUUUAGCCGGAAGUCACUCCUCCUCAUGCACCAGGAGACACACUAGGAGAAGCAUUAUGUUUCCAAGGAGUCUGGACAGCGUUUUAGCUACAAGCCAAAUGUCUUCAGACUCCAGAGGACACACUGAGGGAAGAAGCCUUGUGGAUGCAGAGAUCAUGGGCAAGACUUCAGCAAUCAGUCAAACCUCAUCUUGUACCACGGAGACACCUAGGGAAUAGCCCUUCUAUGUGUGUGGAGUGAGUGGACCUUCAGAGAUUGUUGACUCUCAUCAGGCUUCGAGGACACAUUCAGUCUGGAGGCUUACACAUGUGGAGUGUGGGUAACUCCAGCUGUAAGUCAACGCUUAUUGCAUAAGGAGGACACACUUAGGUGGGACAUGUUGAGUGUGCAGGGACUGUAGGUGAGACGUUAGCAAUAAGCCAACAUUUUCUGAACACCAGAGGAAAAUGGUUGAUGGGCAGGCACAAGAUGGCGCUCUCAGGGAGGAGCUGUGUGUUGGCAGGGGUUGUGGGCAAGGCUCUUGGGAUCUCAUGCCAUAGGGAGAUCCUUACUAGGGGUGAAAUGGGAUUAAGUCUAGGGCUGAGGACACUGGAGCUCUGCCCAGAUAACCGCAUCAGGACCAACACACCUGCAUCUCCUGAUAACUGCUACUGAUGGCCACAGAGCUGAAUUCUCCUCCAGGAUCUGCUCUCAGCCACAGGGAACUGCACCUCCUUAAGGACUCACUCCUGGCCAAUGACUGAUGGAUAUGGGGAGGCAAAACCUCACUCCUGGACUUGGUUGGGUCCAAAGGGUCAUCCUGGAUCCAGAGAUGCUCUUAAGAUCUCAGUUGGAAACACACCACAGGUGAGCUUCUUCCUCUGCCCAGUCAGCCCUUAUUCACCAAAAAACCACUGAAUUCCCCAUCUCAUUGUCUCUCCAGGGACUCCGCUGUAAGACAUGUUAAGUGUACAAGGAGUGUGGACAUGGUUGUGGCCAAGUCACCCUUCACAAGUCCCAGCAUGUACUUGUACAUAGAAGCUCUAUGCGUGUGGACAGAAUGGGCACAGACUCAGGAAGAGCACAGCUACAUUGGAAGAAGCUUUACAGGGACAGGGAGGGAGUCGGUGAGAUGCUUUAGCAAUUAGUUUUACCUGAUCUUCGACCCGCGGACACUCAGGGAGAAGACCUGUGUGGGCAGGGUUUGUGGGGGGAGCUUUACCCUGAUGUACCUCUUCCAGAGAGUGAGAGGACAUUCUUGCCACCACAAACCUCUACCUCACGCACCUUUGAGGGGGUUUCAGAGGUCUUGACCCCCACUGUAAUCUUUUGCAUGAGUGUGAAGAUAGCAGUAGCAACUAAAUAGAGAUGCUUUCUUCUGCUUUUUGUAAUCAGAUGCAAUAAAUAAGUAAAAGCUUUUAUUGAAGUAACCUAAGAAUGACCAACUUGUUUUCUUUUCAUACACCAAUUCUGACCCACAUUUUCUUGUCCUUUUGUUCUAAUAGAUAAUAAGCUCAAGCUGUGCACCUUAGUAUCUCAUCUAUCUGGAAAGGAAUUCAGAUGCACAGGCAGGAUUUCCUGCACGGAUCCAAUCCUUGAGAAAAAAAUAAGCCCCAAAUAAACCUAAUAGAUUUGUUGGGGAAUCUGAACCUUUGUACGGGGAGGGUGAUCGAGAUUCUGGAGACACUCCAGCUGAGGGGAGGGAACUUCCCAGGUCUCCAGGCCAGGACUGCCUCUUCUUCUAACUGCUUACUCCCUUUGGCUUCUGGGACAUUCCCUUCCCUGGGCUUUGUUCCUUCUAAUCUCUACUCAGGUCUCAGCUGAAUCCUCCUCAUCCCCACUGAAGCAUCACUGUUCCUUAACGGCCUGUCCAUGUUCUGCAUUUUCAGGGACCUUUUAAGCACACUCUCUCUGCUGCCUUCCAUAUUCUAAGCUCAGGUCCUUUAACCGUGCCCUGUUCUCCAAUCAUGAGUCAGCGCUUGGGGCCUCUUAGCUACUCAGAGGUCUAAAGACCCUCUAAAUGUAGCUUCAAUGCCAUGUCCCCUCAGCCCUCCAAUCCAAGGGUCCUAUUAAUGACACCCGACAACAUCCUUCUACUAACCGGUCCAAGAGAGCCUAGCCAUUCACCAGCUGUUGUUCUUCAGCUCGGGGACCUGGCUCUUUGGCCACAACCUUCCCUAGCCCCACUCCCUCAGAGCCCAGAUUGCCCAGCCUGACAACUCCACAGUCCCUGGCUCUGAUUUCUAGGUUGUGGGCUGAUCACUAUUCACUGGAGAGAGGUCUGCCUACAUUCUA